GAACUCCACGCUCUGUCCGCCACGUUUAGCCAGGCACCCAACGGCGGGGGGAGAGAGCCUGCAAAAUAAUGCUCAGGACAUUAUAAAAGACAGUGCUACCAAACCGCCAAUAACGGAGAACUGAGAUAAAGGACAACCCCACGAGGAGCAGAACGACUUGAUCUUCGCAGGCCCGCGCAGCAAAAAAGUCGAGGGCGCUUGCGCGCGAUAGGGCCGAGGCUGGAGAGCCCACGCGCCAGCGAGGACGAGGACCCCCCCAAGAGGCUGCCGCGAGGCGAGGAGGAGGAGGAGGAGGGGGUCUGCGCCGUGGAGCCGAUUCAAAUCUCUUGGCAACAGGUCUCUGCUUCUCGUAGGCUGGCCGGUGCCAUGGCCCGAAUUCGUGCACCGCUGCGCCCUGCGCCUUCGUGGCUGGCUGCACGCACGGGCGGCCCCAGGCACGAGCGGCCUGUGGGUGCGCGGCGUGCCGGUCGUUGCACGCGAUGCGGCGGCAAGAGGCUGGCCGGCAGUGAGUGUCCGCCACGCCCCGCCGAGAGCCGCGGCCCAGAGGACACCUCUGGCGAAGGGCGUCGCUCCUGCGCGUGGGCCCGCUGCGUGCCCUAUAGGGCUGGGCGCGCGGCCGCGCGUCGGCCAGCGCGGGCACGGCCGAUGCGGCGGCGGCGGUGCGACGGAGAACCAGAGAGAAGGAGGCGAGGGACGAGGGUUGUGCUGCUCCCACGCCCGGCUUUCGUGCGGCACCUGCCGGCCGGGAACGGGGCCCGGACCUCUGGGGAGCCACGCGGCGAGCAGAACCGCGACGCCAGCCAUCCGGGCGCGCGUGCGGGGCGCCCGGCCAGCCAGGCUCAGGCGGCGGACACCACCUUGGCGCGCUCCUUCAGCCACUUGAGGGCUGCCUCUCGCUCGUGGCGUCGCAGGGCCUUCCGGUGCUCCUCCUGGAACUCGCGGGCGGGGUCGGACCCGACCUCGGCCAGCUGCUCGUUGGGCUUCGGGGUGCCCAGCGCGUGCCAGGUGUUCGCGUUGACCCUGUCGUGGUUGAUCAGCGAGAGCAGCCCUUCCCUCUCGAGAAGCGCAUGGUACACCGCUGCCAGCACCUCCGCCUUCUCCAGCGCGGCCCCGUCCACGGUCUUGCCCUCCAUGCCCUUCUUCUGGCUGUCGAGGCCGGCCCACUCACACUUCACCUCGGCGAUCUUGAGCAGCCCCUCCUCCAGCUGGGCCUCGACGCUCUCUUGUUCCUGCUGCUGGGCAGCCAUCCUUAUCUCUUUUGCGAUCUCCUCGCGCAAGUCGUCGAUCGUGAAUGUCUCUGCCUGGCCCUGCUCUUCCCACGGUAUCCCAUCCUCCGUGGCGGCUAGGGUCAUCUGCUCGGCGCGCUUGACCGCCUUCGCGAAGUCGUCGUCCAGCUCCGGGAGGUCCUGCUCCUCGAUCUGCUGACACGCGACGGCGCAGAUGA